UUAUCUAUGGUAUUAUGGCAACCAUUCAUUCAUAAAUGGUAGGAAGUGGUGUUUUAUAUUUUUGAGGUUUAUGUACAAUAUUUCUCUAGUUUAUGUCACAAGCAAAAAUUAUGUGAACGUUUUAUAAAAGCUAUUUACUACCCUGUCGAUAAGUCUUUGAGUACACACUUUGUAGUUGUUUCGACAGAAGUUGAUGACGAUUUUUGGGUGAUAGUAAAUGGUAUCUAGUCAAAUGUCAAAUAUUUAUGCAGUUUGGGCAUCGUGCUUAGAUUUAUUUGAAAAAUUUGUCAGUGCUGUGUCGCGAUCGAUUGCGUGUAGACGUGACUGUUUUUUACUCGUGUGAAGUGGAACAGUAAACCAUUUGUGAUGGUCUGGGAUACUGGCAGGGUUCUUUCAGCAUGUGACCCCAAUCUUCUGGGUUGUACAUUUAACAAGUUCCUGAAAUAGUGUCGUGUGUUCGUCUUACAAGAAAGUGAUAUCCAGUAAUGUUUACGUUUUAAUUUUUGUCCAUUAUAAACGUCGACGAGUUUGUAAUGUGUCGUAUCUAGAGAGCUGAGCGAUCGUCAAAUUUGCUGUCACCAAAGGUCUUACAAGGAAUCUGCGUUCGGCGCUGUUAAAAAUUAACAAGGUUGUUGAUCAUUAUGAUUGUCUCAUAUUUUAAUUUCUUCUCCACGGAUCUUUCUCGGGAUUUGUCCGUAGUGUGACAAUAAAAUGUCUGGUUCCGAAAACAACCGAUACAUAGUUCAAGUUUUCGUAGGUGCUUUAUCCCAACACUAUGAAGCACUUUCAGUGGAAGCCAGCAAGCAGACAACGUCAGAAGAGAUUGUCUCCUGUAUUGUGGAACGACUGUCUCUGUCUGAUGGAUCUGGUGGAGGUUAUGAGUUGGCUGAAGUCAUUGGCGAUUCAGUGGGACAAGAAUGCAAGGAACGUCGACUCGGAUCAUCGGAGAGUCCUGUUGCGCUCAUGCUGCUGUGGCCCAAAACUCUUCAUUCACAACAGGAGUUUUACAGGUUCUACCUGCGGGAGAAGCUGAACGACUGCCUGUGGACGGACAGCUUCACCAUGGACCCGCAGCUGAUCCGGGACUACUUCUACCGCUUCCUGUACCAGCCCAAGGACCGGGAGUACCCGGAUCUCUGCCAGCUGCCGGACCUCAACGAGCACACGCUGCUGGAGAACCUCCGGGCCCGCUUCACCGCGGGACACAUCUACACCUACGUGGGCUCCAUCCUCAUCGCCGUCAACCCCUUCAAGUUCCACCCCAUCUACAACCCGAAGUACGUGAAGCUGUACCAGAACCGGCGGCUGGGGCCCGAGCUGCCGCCGCACAUCUUCGCGGUGGCGGACGCCGCCUACCACUGCAUGCUGAAGGGGCGGCGCAACCAGUGCGUGGUGAUCAGCGGGGAGAGCGGCAGCGGCAAGACGGAGAGCACCAACUUCCUGCUGCACCACCUCACCGCGCUCUCGCAGAAGGGCAGCCACGGCAGCGGGGUGGAGCAGACCAUCCUGAGCGCGGGGCCCGUCCUCGAGGCUUUUGGUAAUGCAAAAACAGCACACAACAACAAUUCCAGCCGGUUUGGAAAAUUCAUUCAAGUGAAUUACAAGGAAAAUGGAAUGGUUCAUGGCGCGGUGGUGCAGAAGUACCUGCUGGAGAAGUCGCGGAUAUGCUCCCAAGGUCGCAACGAGCGCAACUACCACGUGUUCUACUACCUGCUGGCCGGCGCCUCGGACGCUGAGAAGCUUCUGUUGCACCUGCGCAGCAUAGAGGAGUACCAUUACCUCAGCAAGAGUGGGUGCUACACCCUGGACAACGUGGACGAGAAGUACGAGUUCUCGCGCCUGAAGCAGUCCAUGGAGAUGGUCGGCUUCAGCACGGAGAAGCAGCGCCGGCUGUUCGCCGUGCUGUCUGCCGUGCUGCUGCUGGGGAACGUGGAGUUCCAGCCGCGCAAGUCGCAGGCGUACCACCACGACGAGGCGGUGGCCGUCCGCAACCCGGACGCCGUGGGGCUCAUCUCGCAGCUGCUGCGGGUGAAGCAGGAGACCCUGCUGGCCGCCCUCACCGCCAAGAAGGCCAAGGCCUCGGGCGAGACGCUGGUCAUCAACUACCGCCUGCCCGAGGCUGUGGCCGCACGUGACGCAAUGGCCAAGUGUCUGUAUGGGGCUCUGUUCGACUGGAUCGUGCUGCAAGUCAACCACGCUCUCUUGUCCAAGAAGGACACCCUCCGUGAUCAUCAGGGAAACUCCAUUGGCGUUCUGGACAUCUUUGGUUUUGAAGACUUUGGUCUUUGCAACAGCUUCGAGCAGUUCUGCAUCAACUACGCCAACGAGCACCUGCAGUACUACUUCAACCAGCACGUGUUCAAGUACGAGCAGGAGGAGUACCGCAAGGAGGGCAUCCGCUGGACGGACAUCGCCUUCAUGGACAACACCCAGUGCUUGCAGCUGAUCGAGGGCAAGCCCAGCGGCCUGCUGUGCCUGCUGGACGACCAGUGCAAUUUUCCAGGUGCAACCAAUGAGACAUUGCUGCAGAAGUUCAAUUCUGUCCACAAGGACAACAACUUCUACGAGAUCCCACAGCGCAGGGAGGCAGCAUUCAUAGUCCGGCACUAUGCUGGGAAAGUCAAAUAUCAGGCGGCGGAGAUGCGCGAGAAGAACCUGGACCUCAUGAGGCAGGACAUAGUGGGCGUGCUGAAGAACAGCAGCAUGGCGUUCGUGCGGGAGCUGGUGGGGGCGGACCCGGUGGCCGUGUUCCGCUGGGCCAUCGUGCGCGCCUUCUUCCGCGGCUACUUCGCCUUCCACGAGGCCGGCCGCAGGCAGCGCUCCGGCAGAGAUGGAUCGAAGCCUGGAAUGGCUCAAAAUCGGUAUCGUAACCACACACCAAAUGAAAAUAUUAUCAGUGUAUCCUCACUAAACAGUCCCUUGGGGACACCGCCAAACAGUUCCCAGAAGCAACGAAAGUACGUCGAAUGUCGAGGCACGAGUGACAGUAGUGUAAACAGGUCGUCCAACGAAGAGGAUACAACGAAGAGCUCCACGGAGCCGAAGUCACGACUGCAGCGCAACGCUCGGCAGGAAUUUGUUGUUUUUGACAGCUCCGCAAGGAGAGACUCCUCGAAGAACCAGCCGGGAGCUCUCAAGCGUGUUCUAUGUCCGAACGAAGCCAAGGUCAUGGAGCGUGCUAACCAGAUCGUCAUGAAGAACAAGUCGUUCCGGCCGCGGGAGCGCUCGAAGAAGGGCCUGAAGAACCUGCAGACGGUGAAGACGCUGGCGGGGCGGCACCAGCAGCUGGGCGGCUCAGGGGGGAGCGCCAAGGCCCGCAAGCAGCCGCUCACGGUCACCGCCCAGUUCCAGCAGUCGCUGCAGAGCCUCAUGGACACGCUCAACCAGGCCAACCCCUUCUUCAUUCGCUGCAUCAAGAGCAACAGCAACAAGAUCCCAAACAAGUUUGAUGAGGAAACGGUCCAGCGACAACUGCGGUACACUGGCAUGUUGGAGACUGUGCGAAUCAGGCAGGCUGGUUACAACGUACGACUCACGUAUGACGAGUUCAUACAGCUGUACCGCAUCCUGCUUCCUAGAGGGCUGCUGAGGUUAGCACAGUAUACAAUCUCGCAGGCGGACGUGCGGGACUUCCUGCUCACCCUGAACCUGAACCGGGACAACUACCAGCUGGGGGCCACCAAGAUCUUCCUGCGGGAGUCGGAGAAGGUGAAGCUGGACUACCGCCUGCACCAGCAGAUCAUGGCGAGCAUCGUGACCAUCCAGCGCUGGGCUCGCUCGGUCCUCGAGCGUCGCCGGUUCCGGCGCCUGCGGGAGGCUGUGCUCUCCGUCCAGGCGUGGUGGCGCAGCGUGGCGGCCCGGAGGCUGGCGACGCAGGCCAGGCUGCGCGAGGCAGCGGCGGUGAGCGUGCAGGCGGCCUGGCGCGGCCACAGGGAGCGGCGCUGGUACUGCGCCCUGACACGGGGCCUGCCCGCCUUCCAGGCCCACGCCCGCGGCUUCCUGGCCCGCCUCGCGUACCGCCAGGCCAGGCUGCGGCACCGGCGGGCCCAACACAACCUUGACUCCCACUCUGGCCAGAGCACAGACGAGGCCUUCUUGUCGAAGGAAUCGAGUCAGGAGGAGCUGGAUGAAAAGUGUGUGGAAGAUCUCAAAGGCCAAGACUCUGAGGGGAGCAGUGGUAUACAGGAGGACAGUGAAACUGAGCCCGUUGUGAGGCAAGGAACUCAGGUCUCCAGAGCAAGCCAGUUGCCAGCUGUCACUGUGUCCGAACUGAGCCAGUACAGGGAUGUCUGGAAACCCAAAAAAGAUGUUGACACAACAUCCAGGAGUAAAGCCAUUGUUAAGAGGACGAAGGGAUCCAAGACUGAAGUUAGUGAAAUUUCAUCUCAAGAAAAACCAGUUGCAGAUACAUAUCAGCGGAAAGGUAGUAGCGAGUCCCUUUCGUCUCAGAAGAGCACAGAGUCGCAGAGAGUCAGUGACUUGCCUUCUGGGGGCGCACCUGUUAGAGAGACACUGCAUAGGGCUAAGAAGCAAAUACAAGCACUUAUUGGGGUGAGUAAAAAGUCUGACAAGUGGGACAGGACUGAUGCGCUCAGCGACAGUGAGGUGAACGACCCCGAUGGGGACGGCACUUCGAGGUCGGCACCGCCUUGCGUCCCAGAGACCUCGUUGGUUUGGCAGAGGCAAGCUGACACCCUAAGUCCGAGGGUUGGGUUCGGUGACUCCAUCAGAUCAACUGAGCAGUCUCUGAGUCUGGAUGCAUCUUCUAUCACUGCGUCUUUGCCGCUGAGGCGGAAAGUUGCAGUCGCCGAGAAGACGAGGCAUCCUUUGAAGAGCAGUGUGAGCCAGGAUGAGUCUAGCUCUGAUUGGGUCACCGUCCCGGUCAGAACUGCUCGCAGACAGAAGGUGUGCCGGAGCGUCGGGGACUCGGAGGCCUCGCCGCUGCCGUCGCUGGCGGACGGUCCGGGCGGCGACGGGGCGACGCUGCUGCUGGGCACGAUACGCGAGGGCCCGGUGACCUUGGAGGGCGCGGCGGCGGACGGCCGCCUGGUGUGGGCGACGCGCAAGGGGCCCAGGGCGGGCCCCCUGGACCUGCGGCGACGGAACAGCGACCCCGCCGCCCCCAAGCUGCUGGACCAGUCCCCGGGCGAGAAGGCCGCCGACCUGCACCUGCUCGAGUGGAAGGGCAGCACCAUGUUCACCAUCGCGGGCCACCGUUUCCGCAAGCUCAACCGCUUCGCCAAGGAGGACCGCUGCUCGUACUGCGACCGGCCCAUGGACGCCGUCGUCACCCAGGGCCACAAGUGCUCAGACUGCAAGCAGUUGUUUCACACAAAGUGCAUCCAGAAUGGGGGCGUGAAGGAGAUGCCUUGCAUCAACCUGGGGCACAAGCCGGGGCGGCGGAAAAUGCGCAAGAACUCUCGCACCCAGCAGGACAUGGCGAAGCCAGCGGUGACCGGGAAGUUCAGUCUCACCGGCACGUCCGAGUUCACGGACCGCACCGACCAGAUCAUUUCCGAUUCGCUCGAGCUCCAGUUGAUGCAGGAUUUCAUCACGCAGAAGAUCUACGUUAUUGAGAAGGAGGAAGGCGAGGGCCACAAGCCCAGCGAGGUGGACUACAUAUUCAAGCAGGCGCUGCGCGAGUUCAAGGACAACCUGGUGGCCACCUACAGCAUCCUGAGCAAGCAGGGCGCCAGCUUCAACAUCAAGUACAAGGACCUCAUCGCCAACUUCAUUUACGCAAUGCAAACGGUCUGCACGAGGGAAAAGACGAGGGAGGAUUUCCCUGUCACCAUGGGCGUCAACGCGUUCCGCGGCUUCAUGAACGAGUUCAUGACGAGGACGCGCACGGAGGAGAAGGAGAAGAUGAGCAAGUCAAAGAGGAAGAAAGAGAAGAAGCGCAAAGCCGAGGAGGCAAUCUUGUAUGCUGGCCACACGUUUGUGCUGACUAUCAUCAACAUUCCAACUGCCUGUGAGAUUUGUACGUCGUUCUUUAUGUGGCCCAUCGAACGAGGACUUGUUUGCCAAAAUUGCAAGCUGACGUGCCACAAGAAGUGCUACUCCCGGUCGGCGGGCUGCGGCAAGGACGGGGGGCCGAGCGUGGGGAGGCGGGUGUUCGGGGUCCCGCUGCACAAGCUGGCCGUCGGGGACGGCAACGUGCCCGUGGUGGUCCUGCGACUCAUCACCACCAUCGAGAUGCAGGGCCUGUACACCGAGGGGCUGUACAGGAAGUCCGGGGUGAGCUCGAAGGUGAAGGAGCUGAAGGCCCUCAUGGAGGAGGGGAGCUCGGAGCGCGUCAACUUCGAGGGCUACCACGUGCACGUGCUGGCGGCCGUGCUGAAGAGCUUCCUGCGCGAGAUGCCCGAGCCGCUGCUCACCUUCGACUGCUACGACGACUUCCUGCGGGCGGCCGACCUCACCGACCCCCAGGACCGCGUCUUCACGCUCUUCACCAUCCUCAAGAAGCUGCCCAAGCCCAACUUCGACCUCAUGGAGAGGCUCAUCUUCCACCUGGCCAGGGUGGCGCUACACGAAGAGGCGAACCGCAUGAGUCCGAGUGCGCUGGCGAUAGUGUUCGCCCCGUGCAUACUGCGCACCAACAAGGUGGUCCCGGCCCAGGACUCGCUGCAUGACAUCAGCCGGCAGACGCAGUGCAUAGAAACCAUCAUCGUGGAGCAGCUGAAGAAGCUGAGGGCAGCGCUGGCCGACAUUGCCACCCUGGACGCGGCGAGGCACACCGCGUCCCACCGGCUGUCUUCCAUCAGGAGCUCCAAGAUAUUCAGCCCCGAGGAGCUGCAGCUGGCGGGCGGCCCGGGGGCCGGCGAGCGCGAGGGCAAGCCCUGCGACGCGCUGCUCAACCCGGAGCUGGAGGAGGCGCUGCUCAUCGACCACAUCGAGGAGAUGCAGAAGGAGAAGGACAUCCUCACCUCCACGCUGCCCCGCCUCACCAGGGCCACCUCGGACGACGACAUGCUGUCCACGGACAUGGACGACGGCAGCCUGGACGACGUGGCGGGCCACAUCGAGGAGGUGGAGCACGACGUGUUGCUGAUGCAGCCGGCGCGAAGGCAGCGCUGCCCGGCCCAGCGGUCCGUGGUGUCGCGCUCCAUGUCGGGGGGGGAGACCGCCGCCUUGCACCGGGCCAGGGACCUGAAGCGCCAGUCCUCCUCCGACGUGCUGUCCUCGCGCCUGCCCCCCUCCUCCGCCCUCGAGUGCGACACGGACGAGGACCCCAUCAUGGUCUGACGCGCGGACUAGCGCGCCCGGGUUCCCCGUCUCGUCGUGCUUCCCUUCCCCCCCUUCUUCCCUCUCGGCUCCCACGUCCGAGAGAGCGUCGACCGCCUCGCGUCGGCAGGACGUGCGAAAGUUACCAAACAGCGACGUAUGCCAGCUCGUGCAGAUGCAUUUAUUUUUUCUCUUGCUGCCCAGCAUUUACACGCUCUUAUUUUCUGUUCCCCAAGGGUGACUUCCCGCCGUUUAUUUUUUAAACUAGCAGGCUCUUUUACCGGCACGUAGUUACUCUUUCCACGUUUCAGACGGUUGUUCGGGACUUCAAAUCGACAAGCGGAAUGACCGGCUAUUUUUUACGUCCGGACGUAACAAAAGUAUUUUUUAUACUGUCGUAGGAAGUGAUUUCCAGCUGUUGCUGUUAUUUUAUGGGAAUUGCUGUUUCGAAGCUCUUCUUUGUUAUGUAAUGUAAUAAAUACGUGUUAGUAAAUUCUUGUGUGUGCAAAAGAUGACUUUGUGGUUCAUGUACACAGAUUAUUACUUGAUUUUGUUGCUCUGUAAAUCUUAACUUUAAAACUUACUUUUUCUCCUAAAUUAUUUGUCAAAAUCAAACACUUCACUCUGCAAACUAGUUGAGCAUUUAAGUUUGAACAUUUAGACAGCUUUGUAUAUUUUGCAGUGGUAAAACAUUUCUGAUUUGUUUACGGUGGACUUAACUGUCUACAAAUAUAAGUUGAUUUUUAGUAGAAUGGCUCCUGAGUUUGGAUGCUUCUCCUUAAUGUUUGUAAAACACUGUUGUAAAUUGUGACAUAUGUUGAUAAUUUGUGCAGUCAAAUGGCUGUGCAUUCUGCCAAUGGAGAUUCGGAACAUAGUGAACGUUGCACACGAAGGAAAUUACGCUUCCGUAGUCAAAACAGUGUUUGUACUUUGUUGUUAAACAGAUUGAACAGGGGCACAUUCAGUGUUUUAACUUUCCAACUCAUGUUGUUAGUAUUAUUGUGAAGCAGAUGUUUAAAAAGUUGUGUAUGUAUUUUGGAAUUUAUUAAAAAAAUAUCUUUUGUAGUUUACCUGAUAUACGUAAAUGAUAUUUUUGUUCUUUUUUUUUACAAUGUAGAUGUUGCUCUGUACACAGUGGAAGAGAUUGGUUGUGCUUCUGUAAUUGUAAUUUUGUAAUUAGGGUUCUGUACUAACACACAUUUUGCAUUAAUGAAGCAGAAUAAAUUGCAGUUAACUGUAAUGAAUUUUCUGCAUGCACAUUAUCUACUUUUAUUUGGCUGUAUCAUGUUAUAGUCCAGGAAGUGAAAUACUGUGUGUGCGUACUGCAACCUUGCAGUUGUAAAUAAAGCUAGUGCACUCUCCGUGGUUAAGAGUACUGUAUUCUACAAUUGAAGACUUUGCCUUGGCACACGACUGUCACGCUUUUGUUUGCGUGAUGAUGAAGAUAAGACAAGGGGAGUGGAGUCUGGAAAAGCUUUACCAAAUAAAGUAUGUAGCUUUGAAGACUUUGAAUUGUAAUUCAGUUGUUACUUAGUUAAUGUGUUUUACUAUUAUUAAUACAUGUAUUAAUAUUGUAUUUCUUUCAUUAUCUUAUUGCAAGUUCGGCAAAAGAUUAUUCAGAUGUUGGUGAACUGAUGCGUUAUGUAUGUUUUGGUGUGUCUGUAUACUUGUUGACAGUUUAAGAGAGAGAGAGAGAGAAGUAUUGUUUAUUCCAGUUUGCAUUUAUUGUGUUGUGUGGGGGGACACUAUACAUGUAAACUUUUGUGGUAAUAGUCUGAUAGACUUUGUAUGUUUGACAAAACACACAGGAAUAUUUUACAGCCAUUUGUUGCCUAUCUUUUUCAAAAACUAUCUUGUAUUCAAACGUCUUCAUAUUAUAAUAUUGAAAUGAUGUUGAACACAGUUGCUGGAAUUGUCUGCUUAUUACAAUUGUGUUUUUAGUUUUAUUAUGAUGUGAUUUAGUUUAUUUUUAAAUCACUGCAAGAAUGCCAGUUUAUAAUGGUUGUAACCAAAUUAUUUUUGUAUUAAAAAAUAAUCAGAAUUUUUUCCUCAUUUGCAGUAUACUUAAAUAUUUCUUGUUUGAAAGUUUUUCCUGUUUAAUAAGUUUGUAUAUAAAAUUUUCCACUAUAUGCAAUACAUAAAAUUAAAUUAUACAUAUUUUUUUCCCAUUUUAAUACAAUUUUAUAGUUACAAAAAAUUUAAUAAUUUUAAUACUAUGUAUAGAGCUUUAUUGUUGUGUAAAGAAUUUAUAUACUUAAUUUGGUUUCUGAACGCGACGAAAAAUUAUGUAUUCUAUUUUUUGCUACCUACAUGUUACAACACUCAUUGUGGAGUCAUAAAUGUGAUGAUUGACCAAAAUUCUGUCUGGUUUUUUCAAUCCCAAAAUAAUUUUUACUGCAGAAGGUCCCAUCACCAUCAGUUUGUAACAAGUGUUGACAAAAAAAAUUAUAUUAACACAAGAAGCAAAUAAAAUAAGAGUUCAGUUUCAACUGUCAAAAGUAUAACAAUAUAUGUAAAAUAAUAUUAAUAACUAUUAUAGAAAUUAUUGAAUAUACAUAUAUAAAACUAUAGUAGGCUCCAGUACUUAUAUUUUGAAACUUUUGACUGUUGUGUUUUUAUGAUCAGGUUUUGAUAUUAGUACUUUUAACUCUAGUUAUUCACUUGUUUUAGUAUUUACGAUGACUAUGUAUAUACCUAUUUCAGCGGUUAAAAAAAAAAAUUACAUCAAAUUUUGACUAGAAUCAAGAUACAUUAAUUUACAAUUGCAUUUGUUUAUUUUGCUUUUAAAUUGCAAGUUGCAUCUUUUUUAAUGUGGUAUAUGUAUGCAGCAAUUAAGCGACUAUUUUGUGAUCAUGGUGAUAGAUCUAUUGUGACUGUUGAUUUAUACAUAUUUUCAACAACUGUGUUCACGUUUUGUGCACAGCAUAACAGGUCCCAUGUUGUGUUGUGGGUUGUAUUCCAUGGUAGUAGACAUUUAAGUUUUUUCCCAGAUACGGGUACGUAAUAAGAAAUAAAUAGUUAUUGUUUAUUACAUGUAUAAUAUCUCAAAUAGUUCGUAUUUUAAUUGCAGACACAAUCUUUUUCACUAGUGUUUCACUUUAGCAGUGAAAGAACUUUGAUUAUUUGUUUUAGAAUUGAAUUGAAAUCCUGCUGCAGUUGGGCAUAAGUCUGUUGGCAAGCAGUUCCUUCCUCUCAGACUGAACUGUAUAACAUUCCCCGCUGUCAUCUUCUCAUCCUCUAAACUAUUUCAGUCAUCGUUCUUACGACCAACAUUCUUUUUCAAAUACUGGUUUAAGUUCUUGUCAACAAUCAUGCCUUUGAAUGAUUUUACGCCACUGUUUGUAGUUGUGUGUUUGAACUGCUGAAAAUGGCUAGUUUUCGAUUGCUUGCUUGAAUUACUUGGAUUAAAAUGCAGUGUUUUUUUUAAAUAACUUUUUAACAAUAACAUUAGUUCUUCAAUUAAAUUUGUGAUUCUGGGUUGGGGGGGGGGGGGG